GAUAUAUAUAUAUAUAUCCACUUCAAAGACUGAGAAUUUAUUUCUUAGCGUUGGUAACCCUGAAACCGGAGUUUCGCAUUGUCACCGCGCGAGGUCUUCAAUAUCAGACUACAUAUUGAAGAUUGAAAUUUGACCAAUCAGGACAAAGAAAUUUUAGUCCCUUUUGUCCUGAUUAGUCAAAUUCCAAUCUUUAAUCUUCAAUUUUCAAUGCAUAGUCUGAUACGAUCUUAAUACGGCCUUUAAUAUUUCAUAGGAUUCUAAUUUCAUAAUUUUACGUUAUGGCGAAUUCGUCAUAUUCAUCAUCCAUACAGUCCUUUAGCGAGCCAUUAACGAAGGAACAGGAAAUGGCGCUUUACAGUAACAUAAAUAUGAAUCUAGAAACCAUUCGAAAAGCUACGCAUGAUAUUAACAUACAAUUUAAAAGCAUACAAGAGGAAAUGUACGUCACGAACGCCUUGAUAAACGCAAUUGAAACAAAAGUUGCAACAACAGUGAAUGCGGAUUAAGACUCUCCAGGGAAAUUCUAUUCGCAAAAACUAAAACUACAACUACAGUGCAAAAAUACAUUUCAGGAGUGUGAAAGAAAUCGUACAUUAAAUUCACAACUUUACAAACUAUAAUAAGAACACAAUAUUAAAUUGAGGCAAUACAUUCUAAGCAUUGAGUGACAUAAGACUACCGUGCAAUAUUUUACAUAUUUGUGAGAACAAAGAAAGAUUUUUCACGCGUAUAAGCAGUAUGGAAAAUAUUUAAGAAAAACAUCUCGCCCGGAAUAUAUAUCGCCGAUAUAAAACGCGCACGGUUUGUUAAAAGUUCGCGUCAUUCGCUGUGUAUGAUAAAAUCCGCUAAUAAAAAUAUCUCCAUAUAUAUUAUACAUACAUAUAACAUAUCGUUUUAUAUUCGAUUCUUUAUACCGAUAACGAGAUCGUGAAGUUUGUGAAUUAACAAUGUUUGUACAUUCUUUUUCCGUAUAUCUACUUCUUCCUUUCUGGUUUGGAACGAUCAUGGCUGCGACAGCGCUAAAAUCCAUCACAAUGGUAAAAUGGGGUUCUGUGAACGGUCAGGAGAUUGAGAAGUACACACUGACAAAUAGCAACAACCAAGAAGUCGAUGUUGUGACAUAUGGUGCGACAGUAACCGCCAUCCGAACGCCAGAUAAAGAGGGUAACAUAGCAGACGUCGUACUGGGUUUCGAUAACGUCGAAGAAUAUCAGUCAUCGAGUAACCCGUAUUUCGGUGCCACCAUCGGACGUGUCGCCAAUCGUAUCGGCAAGGCAACCUUUGUUGUGGAUGGUCAGCGUUACCAGGUAUCGAGGAAUAUAGGCGAGAACAGUCUUCAUGGCGGAACUCACGGUUGGAGCUCGAAGGUCUGGAAUGCCUCGAUCGAUCAUGAUCGUGUAAUUAUGACCUUGAUCAGCCCAAAUGAAGAUGAGGGUUAUCCGGGAAGAGUAACGGCAUGUGUUACCUUCCGACUGACUGAUGAUGGAGAGCUGCACAUAGAUAUGACAGCUGAGUCGCCCGAAAAAGCAACGCCGAUUAACUUGACAAAUCAUAGCUACUUCAAUCUUGCUGGACAUACUACAAAUGCGGAGGAAUUAUAUAAACACAUAUUCACCUUGAAUGCAGAUCACUGGACUGUAACGGACUCUGAAAGCAUUCCGACCGGUGAAAUUCGGCCGGUUGAGAACAGCGUGAUGGACUUGAGGAAUGCGACUGUGCUCGGCGAUGUUAUUGAUAAAGUGCCGGGUGGCGGUUACGAUUACAAUUUCUGUUUAUCAGAACCGCACGAUUACAAAAAGAGAGAUCUCGUCGCUAAAGUACUGCAUCCGGCCUCGGGACGCAGCUUGGAAGUGUACUCGAAUCAGCCCGGCGUUCAGUUUUACACAUCUAAUUUUUUGCCUGAGAGGAACAACACGGGUAUUCUCGGCAAGGAUGGAGCGCGGUAUUUCAAACAUGCAGCUUUCUGCUUGGAGACGCAAAAUUAUCCCGACGCUGUAAAUCAUGAAAACUUCCCAAACAGCAUACUGCGACCAGGUGUAAAAUACAAUCACAUUGUUAUAUAUAAAUUUGGAGUAAAAGUUUGAGACAUUUUGAUAUCUGUAAACUGAAAAAAAAACAAAACAAAUAUUAAAUAAAAAAUCUUAUAUCAUUA